CAGCAGCAGCCUGGCAGUCAGUGUCCCGCCCCUCCUGCAGAGUGAGCGCUGGCUGGUGGGAAGUUACAUUGUAGCAGUGUCAGGCUGGGAGCUCCAACAUCCAGGCUCGGAAGGCAGUUUGUGUGAGAGCGCGGAUCUCACCUGUCGUUGCUGAGAGAUGUCCACCUCUAGUUACUGGGUGUCCGAGAAUGGGAGCGCCUCGGACAAGGACAACGUCUUCUACGAACGGGUGAGGACCUACAGCCCUAUCACCAAAGGGGUCCAGUUCCUGGAUAGUCCUCUGCCACAGUCUCCUGCGUCCCCUGGUCCUGGAUAUCAGACUUUGUCCUGGGCUCCUGAGCAGCAAGUCCAACAUAUGCAGCAGGUCCACCAAGUGCAGCAAGUCCAGGAAGUUCAGUCACCUGGUCCGUACUCACAAGGAGGAACUAUCAGGAGAUACAUUGUACAGAACCCGGAACAGGAGAUACAGACACCCUACACACAGGGGACAAUCAGGAGGUACAUCGUCCAGAACCCUGAGCCGGAAGUCCAGCCAUAUCAGCAUGAGACCGUGCGCAGAUACAUUGUGCAGAAUCCCGAGCAGCAAACCUACCUGAAAGGUGUGAACUACAUCCCCUCCAACAAUGUCAUCUACGAGAAGACCAUCAGGAGAGUGGAAGUGGCGAGUCCAGAGUUGGACAGAAGGACCCGGAUCCUCAGUGGAGCCAGCGUGUCCUCAUUGAAUGAACAAGUGGUUGAGCAAGUGGUGGAGCAAAACAACCAGAGCCGAGUCUCCAUCCAGUCUACGGAGAACCUGAUAACGGAGCAGCAGAGCCUUCAGCAGCAGAGUGUUCAGCAGCAGGCGUCCGUGCAGUCCAUUGAGCAGCAGCGAAGCUGCGACAAAUCCGGGCCGGAGCAACUGGACGCUCGCUAUUUCGGCGAGCUGCUGGCUGAAUUGAGCCGGAAGAACAACGACCUGUACAGCUUUUUGCUGCAACAUGUGGAAAAAAUCGGAGCCAGGAAACCCUCAGACUCUGAGUUUCAGUCUGAGGAUGUCGAAUCGCUUAUCCCAAAAGGAGUCUCAGAACUGACCAAGCAGCAGAUCCGGUAUCUCCUGCAGAUGCGUCAGACCUCAGACAAGUCGAUGAGAUUGGUGCUGUCCACCUUCAGCAGCCUGAGAGAGGAGCUGGGACAUUUGCAGAAUGACUUAACGAAAUUAGAACUUGACAAUAAAACACUUGCCGGAGACUUGACCUUCAAGGAUAAUCAGAUCAAAGAGUACGAGGCCAUCUUGGCGUCACUGCGGGAGAAAAACCGCCUGCAGCAGCAAGAACUGAAACAGAAUCAGAUGAAGCUGCGCAGCUUGGAGGACAACAUCCUGUCCCUGCGCAAUGCGGACAGCGACAAAGAUUAUCAGCUGAAGGAACUGGAAUACACCAAGAACGCUCUGCAGCAGGAGAACAAGACUCUCCGGGUGCAGGUCAAUGAAACCGUCUCCAGCCCCGUACUCCAAAACAAGAUUGACGAACUCAACAGAUACUACAAGGAAAUGAUUGACAGCCUUCGAGACGAGAAGGACAAGGAGUUGCGCUCAUUAAGGACUCAGAUCACCAAGUUCCAGCAUGACAUGACCACCCAUGAAGGCAGCAGCAGCGAUUUACAGAUGCGGCUUCUGGAGCUGACGUCCUCGUUGGAAGAGAGAGAUUCCUUAAUUAAGAGGCAGCAGGAGGAGCUUUUUAGACUGCGCCAACUGAGGGAGUCAACAAAUUUAAGCAAAGAGGUCAUCACAACGCAAUACAGCACCCAGUAUCCCAUCCUCCGGCUGUUGUCCGACUACAAAGAUAAAUCUCCCUCCACAACUACGGGGACUCGGACUGUGGUCAUUGAGCGCAGAGGGAACGCAUGGAAGCAGGAAUGAACGAGACUAUGCCAGCUCCGGAAUGGUGUGGGGAAAACACACCGGGAGUAGUCAGACCAAGAAGACGUCCUAUUUAUCAGUGUUAGAGGUUCAGUCUGUGUACAGGCCGCACACACACAAACACACGGAGGAUACAAUUGUGUAACAGUCCGUCCUUGUACAUUAGGUUGGGUCCUGUUCAGUUGAUGAAGCCGGUUCUCUGUGCCAAAGUGUAAGACGUAACAAGUGAGUGUAAGUGCCUGACGUGUGUUAUGGGAAGGGGCUGUACAGUCCCCUAUAAUGGAGAGGUCACUAUAAGGGGUAAGCUGGGGCGGUUUUGGAAAUCUUGCUUUGCACUAUUGCUCUUGUUCGCAUUGUUGGAACGUUUAGCGCUGAGUAUAUCCUGGGUGUUGGGCACAGACAGACUUGUUCUACUGAAUUCACGUCACUGAAGUUUACUAAUAGCGGAAUUGGAUUUAUAUUUUUAUAUCGUUUUGACAUUUAUAUAAGUCGUAAGGACACAACUUAGCCUAAAGAGACCUGCAAAGGAAUGCGCGUCAUCUGAUCUAGAAAGACCUGCGCCGUCUAGUAACAAGUUACUAUAACAAAUGGGAACCAGCUGGGCGUUAGGGGAUUUGCGCCAGGCCGGAGAUCACUUUCCAGCGGGUGGGAGCUUCCGCUCGUGAAUCCUGUGUGUGUCCUGCGUGGACUGGAGCUGAAUACUGACAAAUGGAUGUCACGUUCUGUAUUAUAAACCAUUUUUCUCUCACUUGUAUCAUGUUUUAGAGCCGUUUCCAAAAAAUGUAUCGUCUUCGCCAAAAUUAUUCCACCCCACCGGCAGCCGAGAGCGGCCUCUAUUACCUCCUGUCUGUAGGUAUACCGCUUACUGCGGGGGGGUCCUCUCCCGCUGGGGGGGGGGGGUUGGGGGUAAUGGGCGGUUUUAUCCUGUAUUUUAGGCUGGGGAUGAAGUUGUUAUAAUAGGUUGUAUGUAAUACUGUCGGAUGAGGCUACUCAUGAACCGCCCAAGCUAUUUCUCCUAAACAACGGGGGUCAUUCCGAGUUGUUCGCUCGCAAGUGGAUUUUAGCAGAUUUGCUCAUGCUAAGCCGCCGCCUACUGGGAGUGAAUCUUAGCAUCUUAAAAUUGCGAACGAUGUAUUCGCAAUAUUGCGAUUACACACCUCGUAGCAGUUUCUGAGUAGCUCGAGACUUACUCGGCAUCUGCGAUCAGUUCAGUGCUUGUCGUUCCUGGUUUGACGUCACAAACACACCCAGCGUUCGCCCAGACACUCCCCCGUUUCUCAAGCCACUCCCGCGUUUUUUCCGGAAACUGUAGCGUUUUUUCCCACACGCCCAUAAAACGGCCUGUUUCCGCCCAGUAACACCCAUUUCCUGUCAAUCACAUUACGAUCGCCAGAACGAUGAAAAAUCCGUGAGUAAAAAUCCUAACCGCACAGCAAAUUUACUUGGCGCAGUCGCAGUGCGGACAUUGCGCAUGCGCAUUAAGCGGAAAAUCGCUGCGAUGCGAAGAUUUUUACCGAGCGAACAACUCGGAAUGACCCCCAACAUUCACAAAUAUAGAUGCCAGAUGUUCCGAGACCUGGAACCCUGGGAGAGGAUUACAUCACUGCUGUUCCUGGUUCCUAUAUUUGUGAAUGUUCUAAUACGCUGUGUUUUGCCCCUGUAGAAGCCUGUGCCGCAUUAUCUUAAAAUGUAAGGUACUUAUGUAAAUGUCCUAUAAAACAUUUAUUCUUCACCAAAGAGUGUAUGUCGUAUAGGUCUCAGCUGGCCAUUGGCAUUGAUAAAGGAAAGCUGCAGAAAUCUCUGCAAUAAACUGGCUGCCGGAACCCGCGUUCUGUGGGAACCCCCUGAUUACAGGGUAUAGCAUCCGUUCCGGCCAUAGGUGUUCCCGGCCUCCGUCGCUGCUGCAGUAUAACAUGAGUAUAUAGGACACCUUACAUCUGAGUAGUAUAUGCGUAGUGUAUACAGCUUCCUCUAUGCUUGCUGGAUCGUGGGUGGAUAUUUUCUAUAGACUGUUGUAUUUUGUAGGUUAUUACUGAAGUUUAAAUGUUGCUGUGGAAUAUAAAGCGCUGUAAAAUAAAAUAGAAAUAAAACCUC